AUGGAGAAUGACGGCGGCGCCAAUGCGCCCAUCUCCAACGAGGAGCGCCGCAACAUCCAGGUUGACAAUGCCAUCCGUGCCAUUCGCGAGAAGAAGCCUCUUCCAGAGAUCGACUUUUCGAUCCACACCAUGGAAGAUGGCACCCAGGUGAACACGGCCGAGCGUGUCUGCAAAGAUGUCCAAGCCCCUGCCAUGUUCAAGCCCACCGAUGAGCAGUUCUUCGAAGACGAAAGCCACGAGAAGCCCGACAUCACGUUCCUCAAGCAGCACUUUUAUCGCGAGGGUCGCCUGACCCACGAACAAGCCCUUUGGAUCCUGAAGAAGGGCACCGAGAUCCUACGCAGCGAGCCCAACCUGCUGGAGAUGGAUGCUCCCAUCACAGUCUGCGGUGACGUCCACGGCCAGUACUACGACUUGAUGAAGCUCUUUGAGGUCGGUGGCGACCCGGCCGAGACGCGCUAUCUGUUCCUGGGAGACUACGUCGACCGUGGAUACUUUAGCAUUGAAUGCGUCCUAUACCUCUGGUGUUUGAAGAUACACUACCCCAAGACUUUGUGGUUGUUGCGCGGUAACCACGAGUGCCGUCACUUGACGGAUUACUUCACCUUCAAGCUCGAGUGCAAGCACAAGUACUCGGAGGCAGUUUACGAUGCCUGUAUGGAAUCCUUCUGCAGUCUUCCUCUGGCUGCUGUUAUGAACAAGCAGUUCCUUUGUAUCCACGGUGGCCUGAGCCCAGAGCUGCACACUUUGGACGACAUCAGAAAUAUUGACCGAUUCAGGGAACCGCCCACACAAGGCCUGAUGUGCGAUAUCCUUUGGGCAGACCCCCUCGAGGAUUUUGGACAGGAAAAGACUAGUGACUUCUUUCUUCACAAUCACGUCAGAGGAUGCUCAUACUUCUUUUCAUACCCGGCUGCAUGCGCAUUUCUCGAAAAGAACAACCUCCUUUCCGUCAUUCGAGCGCACGAGGCGCAAGAUGCCGGGUACCGAAUGUAUCGCAAGACCCGCACCACUGGUUUCCCGAGUGUGAUGACCAUCUUCUCGGCGCCAAACUACCUCGACGUUUAUAACAACAAGGCUGCGGUUCUCAAGUAUGAGAACAACGUCAUGAACAUCAGGCAGUUCAACUGUACCCCGCACCCGUACUGGCUUCCCAACUUCAUGGACGUCUUCACUUGGUCGCUGCCUUUCGUGGGAGAAAAGAUCACCGACAUGCUGCUGGCUAUCCUUGGAACGUGCUCUGAGGAGGAGUUGCGUGAGGGUGACUCGUCAUCUACAUCGCCUGGUCCUCAGUCGCCACCUCAGACACCAGCCCUGCCCGAGGCCACUGGCGACGGCGACGGAUCUUCCACAUCGGCAAACGCGGCUGCAAUGGACCCCGAAUCGAUCGAGUUCAAGCGGAGAGCGAUCAAGAACAAGAUUCUGGCUAUUGGCAGGCUUUCCCGUGUGUUCCAGGUUCUCCGAGAAGAGUCGGAGAGGGUAACAGAGCUCAAGACGGUGUCGGGUGGCCGUUUGCCUGCCGGCACGCUCAUGUUGGGCGCCGAGGGUAUCAAGAACGCCAUCAGCAGCUUCGAGGAUGCACGCAAGGUCGAUCUUCAGAACGAGAGGCUCCCACCCAGCCAUGACGAAGUUGUCCGACAGAACGAGGAGGAGCGCGCGCAAGCGCUCGAGCGGGCCACCAAGGAGGCCGACAACGAUAAGAAGCUGCAAACUCUGUCGCGCAGGUUGAGCACAUCUUCAAGCAGUGACCGUAAGAAAUAG